AACGUUUGUGGAGUAAAUUCAACUGGAACUGAAAGUGAAAGUGGUGGACGAUGUUUAAAGGGGCGGAGAUAAAAGAAGAGGAAAACAGAGGACAAAAGAAAUCUCUCUAUUCUGGAUCACAGCAGCACACGAUGCAGUCCCUCAAAGACCAUGACGCUCUCAUUCCUCGGCCUCGCGGGACUUUGCCUAAGGUGUGCGCUGUGGCGCUGGCUGCCGUGACAACAGGAGGCACAGCGCUAUUGUCUCCUGAAAGGUUAUUUGGAUGGGUUGCCAUGGUGAUACUCAUCCUGACCCUCGGUCCUCUGCUGCACGGCCUCUGUCUCUUUGCAGAGGAGAUGAUUUACCAUUCACAUACGAGGUAUCAAGGCAGAGGGCUGCUGAGCCAUGUGCUGCCAGCCUGUGGGUUGGGGGGGAAGACCCUGCUGGCUACGGGUCUGGCAGGCCUUCUGCUCUACCUGGCUGGACAUCCUCUGCCACACAAAGGCCAAUGCUGGAAACUCCUCGUCCUGGCCUCGGCCCUUUACGCACUGUUCAAAAGCCUGGGAGUCUUGGGUCCGUCGGAGGUGGAGGUGUCAGACAUCUGCGAGGGGAGGAAGAUGAACGUGGCCCACGGCCUGGCCUGGUCCUUCUACCUCGGCUACCUGCGACUGGUGCUGCCUUGUUUGGAGAGCUCCAUCGCAGCGUUUCGUGCCACACAUCAGGCCAGCAGAGCCUCCUGGGGUCGCGACUCCAGGAAACUCCUCAUCCUCGUACCUCUCAACGCCAACAUCGCUCACAAACUGGAGGAAGAGGAUGACAACAUCUCUUUCUAUGACAACCUCCCCAACAGUGAGAUAGACAGGGCAGGUGUCCGGGGGCGGGUCUACAAGCACAGCGUCUACAGUGUAUCGGACGAGCAUGGAAAGGCCCAUGAGUGUGUGGUGGAGUAUGCGACGCCUCUGCUGACGCUGUACAGCAUGUCCCAGGAGAGCAGCGCUGGUUUCGGGGAGCCGGAGCGCAGGCAGCAGGUCCUGCUCUUCUACAGGACCCUGCUGGAGAUCCUGGAGCACUCGCUGGACUGUCGCAACCGCUACAGACUCAUCCUGCUCAAUGAUGAGCAUGAAGACGACCCUCACUUCCUGUCCAAAGCUAUCCUACGCAACCUGCAGCAGCAGGAGAAAGAGGAGUUCUGCCUCACCCCCCCUCCUCACCAGGAGAUGGUGCACCCUCUGGCGAGGGCGCCGGGUGCCCGGGCGCCGGAUGCCCGGGCGCCGGAUGCCCGGGCUGGGAACGGUGACUGGCACCAGCCUGAGCCUGAGCCUGAGCCAAUGAGCAGGGAGCCUACGCUCAUGUUCAGCCUGGAGAAACCUCAGCCUCUGAGGGAACCUGUCGAGAACACUUAUCAGUGAACAAUAUACUGUUAAGGCCGCUCAGGCAACAAGGAACAAAAAUACACACACACACAUAUGCAGUAUUCUUACAGGUCCAAAAGGUAAGACUUCUAAGCUAACUUUCUGUCAUAUUUGCAGAAACUGACCCAAUGUUCGAGUAGAACUACUCGAAGCAGGUCAAUAAA